AUGGGCCCACCCGUCUCCAUCAGGAAUAAUAACACUCCCGGCCCAUCCGUCAUAGUCGAGGAUAUAUCUACCUUCGGCCCAUGGUCCACUGGCCCGUAUCAUACAGGGAUAUUAUGCACACAGGAACACCUAGAAGAGGCUCGUCAGCAAGCAGAAGAGGAUGACGCCCAAAGGCAACAAGGCCUCAGAGACGAAGAAGAAGCAGCACACAUCGAGGACAGGAAAAAGAACAAGAAUAAGUAUGUGCCCCUCAAGCGCAUCAAGAUUCAACCGACCCUACCAUCCUCCCGGCCCAGUAUGCCAUCAGAAGGCUCAAAGCCAGCGAUUACUGGACUCGAUGACGCUACGGCUUCAGCCCUAGUUGCAGAGCCUGAUGCUCUUGUUAUGCUCCCAGCAGCAGAUGGAAUCCACUCAUGGGUUCCUGCCGCGGCAGUCAAAGAUCCCAAAGCUCCCCCAGUCACUAAGGACGAGCACCUCACCUGGGAAGAAUUCAAUGAAGCUGCUCCGCGCAUCAUUGUUUUCAUGAAGAUGCACGACUGGCCCGACGACAGGGUCAACAUGCAUAUUCAAUUCUGGACGACCAUUCAAGGCCAUCGUUGGCGCCACUCACUGGAUCUACUCCAACAGAAAGCUUUGCUACUCUACCAGUCGCAACAACGACGCUGUUGGCACCUCACAAUAGGUACCAUGCAAGGCUGGAGUUUAGAGGAAAAUCAACCAAGACCUGUUGUUCGAAGCGAGGGAGUUUUUAUUCAAUGA